AUGGGAAUUAUCUGGUCGCAGAUUUUCCCACCCCCUCCUACUCUGACCGAAGUCAAUCUCCCCAGCCAGGAUGGCAAAGUGUUCAUUGUAACUGGAGGCUAUUCAGGAGUCGGCUUUUAUAUAUGCAGAAUUCUUUAUCGAGUAGGCGGAACGGUCUAUCUUGCCGGUCGGUCUGAAGAAAAGGCCUUGGAAGCGAUUGCGAAGAUCAAAAGCUUGUGUACCCCGACCCCCCCAGAGGGUAACAUAAUUUUUCUCCCUCUAUCGCUGGAUGACCUGACAUCCAUCAAGCCUGCAGUGAAGAGAUUUAUCGCCGCUGAAUCUCGUCUGGAUGUUUUAUUCAACAACGCUGGCGUCUCCAGCCCUCCUCGGGGGACUUCGCCUCAGGGCCACGAUCUGCAAUUCGCAACUAAUUGCCUCGGGCCGCAUCUCUUCACUCAACUUCUUCUGCCAAUACUACGGCACACGGCUGGAGCUACGCCUGUCGCUAGUGUGCGGGUUAUCUGGACAGCAUCGAUUGUCGUUGAUGCAUUCGCGCUCGAGACUGGGAUAGACCUUGCAGAACUAUUGCAGAAAGACGCGGAGAAAUCACGAAAUUACCUCAACACGAAGAUCGGAAACUGGUUUUUGGCAGAUGCGCUCGCAAGCCAGAUUGGUGCAGAUGGGGUAUUAAGUCUGGUGCAAAACCCAGGGAAUAUCAAGACAAACAUCAUGCGCCAUAGUCAGGCUUUUGUUCCAUUUGUUCUUGGACCAUUUCUUUAUGCCCCGAGGUUCGGGGCAUAUACUGCAAUUUGGUCGGCUUUUUCUAGGGAUCUAAAAAUUGAUGAUGGGGGGAAGUAUAUCUUGCCCUGGGGGCGGAUACAUCCGUGUCCAAGAUAUGAUUUAUUGCGAGCUAUGAAAGGAGAAGAAGAAGGGGGAACCGGUGUUGCAGCAGCGUUUGUAAAGUAUUGCGACUGUCAGAUUGAAGCGUUUCUUUAG